AUGGCGACCGUGCCGGUGUACUGCGUCUGCCGGCUGCCCUACGACGUUACCCGCUUCAUGAUCGAGUGCGACGCCUGCAAGGACUGGUUCCACGGCAGCUGUGUUGGCGUGGAAGAGGAGGAGGCCCCAGACAUUGACAUAUACCACUGCCCCAACUGCGAGAAAACACACGGGAAGUCGACUUUGAAGAAGAAGCGGACCUGGCACAAACACAGCCUGGGGCAGACGCCUGACGUGAAACCCGUGCAGAAUGGCAGCCAGCUCUUCAUCAAGGAGCUACGGAGUCGGACCUUUCCCAGUGCGGAAGACGUCGUGGCCCGCGUGCCCGGCAGCCAGCUCACGCUGGGCUACAUGGAGGAGCAUGGCUUCACGGAGCCCAUUCUUGUUCCCAAGAAAGACGGGCUGGGCCUGGCGGUGCCGGCCCCCACCUUCUAUGUCAGCGAUGUCGAGAACUACGUGGGCCCAGAGCGGAGCGUGGACGUGACAGAUGUCACCAAGCAGAAGGACUGCAAGAUGAAACUGAAGGAGUUUGUGGACUAUUACUACAGCACCAGCCGCAGGCGGGUCCUCAGCCUCACCAGCCUGGAGUUCUCCGACACCAGAAUGUCCAGCUUCGUGGAGCCGCCUGAGAUUGUGAAGAAGCUGUCCUGGGUAGAGAACUACUGGCCCGAUGACGCGCUGCUGGCCAAGCCCAAGGUGACUAAGUACUGCCUGAUCUGUGUGAAGGACAGCUACACCGACUUCCACAUCGACUCGGGGGGCGCCUCUGCCUGGUACCACGUGCUCAAGGGGGAGAAGAUCUUCUAUCUCAUCAAGCCGGCUUCGGCCAACAUCUCCCUGUAUGAGCGCUGGCAGUCGGCCUCGAACCACAGCGAGAUGUUCUUUGCCGACCAGGUAGACAAAUGCUACAAGUGCACCCUCAAGCAGGGCCAGACGCUCUUCGUCCCCUCCGGCUGGAUUUAUGCCACACUCACGCCCGUGGACUGCCUGGCCUUCGCGGGACAUUUCCUCCACAGCCUGAGUGUGGAGAUGCAGAUGAGAGCAUACGAAGUGGAAAGAAGGUUGAAACUGGGCAGCCUGACUCAGUUUCCCAACUUUGAAACUGCCUGCUGGUACAUGGGAAAGCACCUGCUGGAGGCUUUCAAAGGUUCUCACAAAUCCGGGAAGCAGCUGCCCCCUCAUUUAGUCCAGGGAGCUAAAAUUCUCAAUGGUGCUUUCAGAUCAUGGACUAAAAAGCAGGCUUUGGCAGAGCAUGAAGAUGAGCUUCCCGAGCACUUCAAACCCUCGCAGCUCAUCAAGGACCUUGCCAGAGAGAUCCGGCUCAGCGAGAAUGCCGCCAAGGCUGCCAGGCCAGAAGUGACUCCCGCGAUCUCGAAUACGGUCUACUUUGGGGACCGCGAGAAGGAGCAGCCUCCCUCGCCCGCUGAGGCCAGCCCUCCUCGGCCCUUCCUGGAGAAAGUGACCAAAAAAAAGACUCACAAGGCCAUGAAGAUGCCCAAGCCAUCCAAAGCCCCCAAGCCCCCCAAACCCCCCAAACCCCCGAAGCCCCCCAAAUCACUGAAGCUCAAGGACGGGGGCAAGAAGAAAGGGAAGAAGUGUAGGGGGUCGUCCUCGCCCACCAUCCCCAACCUGGACCUGCUGGAGGCCCACACCAAGGAGGCGCUGACCAAGAUGGAGCCGCCUAAGAAGGGCAAGGCCGCAAAGAGCGUCCUGAGUGUGCCCAACAAGGAGGUAAUCACACAGAAUGACGUGGAAAGGCUGGAAAUCCGAGAGCAGACUAAGAGCAAGUCAGAGGCCAAGUGGAAGUACAAGAACAGCAAACCCGACUCCCUGCUGAAGAUGGAGGAAGAGCAGAAGUUGGAGAAGCCUCCUACAUCAGGGAACAAGGACACCAAAUUCUCAUUUUCCUUCUCCAACAAGAAGCUUCUGGGCUCCAAGGGCCUCAAGCCGCAGCCGAGCCCGGGGGUGUCUGGGGCCUUGCAGAACUUCAAGGAGGACAAGCCCCAGCCCGUGCGGGAUGAGUACGAGUACGUGUCGGAUGACGGGGAGCUCAAGAUUGAUGAGUUUCCCAUCAGGAGGAAGAAAAACGCCCCGAAGAGAGACCUGUCCUUCUUACUGGACAGGAAGGAGCCUCAGCCCAUGCCCGUUUCGAAGCCAAAGCUGGACGCGGCGCCCUGCCAGCCGAGCGACGACUCCUCGGACGAGGGCUCCCUGCGCAUCGACACGGACACCAAGCCCACCCGCAACGCCAAAGCGAAGAAGGACGGCGGGGGCUCGGCCGCGGGCAUCCUGGACCUGCUGCAGGCCAGCGAGGAGGUGGGCGCGCUCGACUACAAUCCCAACAGCCAGCCCCCCGCCUCGCCCAGCACGCAGGAAGCCAUUCAGGGAAUGCUGUCCAUGGCCAACCUGCAGGCCUCGGACUCCUGCCUGCAGGCCGCGUGGGGCGCGGGCCAGGCCAAGGGCAGCGCGCUGGCGGCCCACGGCGCCCGCAGGAACGGGGCGGGCGGCAAGAGCGCGGGCAAGCGGCUGCUGAAGAGGGCGGCCAAGCACAGCGUGGACCUGGACGACUACGAGGAGCAGGACCACCUGGACGCCUGCUUCAAGGACUCGGACUACGUGUACCCCUCCCUGGAGUCCGACGAGGACAGCCCCGUCUUCAAGUCCCGGUCCAAGAAGAGGAAAGCCUCAGAUGACGCCCCCUACAGCCCGACAGCGAGGGUUGGCCCAUCGGUGCCGAGGCAGGACAGGCCUGUUCGAGAGGGGACCAGAGUGGCCUCCAUCGAGACCGGGCUGGCGGCCGCUGCAGCCAAGCUGUCCCAGCAGGAGGAGCAGAGGAGCAGGAAGAGGAAGAACUCCAAGAGGAAGCUGACUUCCACGUCCACGUCCACCUCCGCCUCCGCCUCCGCCUCCGCCUCCGCCUCCACCACCUCGGCCAGCAGCACCUCGGCCUCCGCCACCCCCGCCUCCGCCACCCCCGCCUCCACCAGCACGGCCAGCAGCCAGGCCUCGCAGGAGGGCAGCUCGCCCGAGCUCCCGCCCGAGGCGCACAGCAGCAGCCUGGCCGACCACGAGUACACGGCGGCCGGCUCCUUCGGCGGGGCCCCGGCCAGCCGCGCCGCCCAGCCCAUGGCGCCCGGGGUCUUCGUCUCGCAGCGGCGGCCCUCCGCGUCCUCCCCCAACAGCGCCGCCGCCAAAGGAAAACGUACAAAAAAGGGCAUGGCCACCGCCAAGCAGAGGCUUGGGAAAAUUUUGAAAAUUCAUCGGAAUGGAAAGCUGCUCCUUUAA